UUCUUACUAAAUCUGAUGACAAUGACUUAAAAAAUAAUGAAGGAAACUUUCGAGAAAUUCUUCGUUAUAGAGCUCAAGGAGAUUUAAAUUUGAAAAUGUAUUUAGAAAGUGAUGGUACAAUUAAAUAUACGAGUAAAACAAGUCAAAAUUCUAUUAUUGAAGCCUGUAAUUCAGUUUUACUCAAAAACAUUGUAGCACGUGUAAAUGAUGCAAAAURUUUCUCAAUACUCGCUGACGAAACAGCCGAUAUAUCGAAUGUGGAACAAAUGUCUCUCUGUGUCAGAUUUGUUGAUUUAAAUAARCUUGUGCUUUGUGAAGAGUUUUUACAAUUUGUACCAGCACAUGAUACAACAGGAAAAGGUUUAGCAAAUUUAAUAAUAAAAAGUCUUAAGCAAUUCGGUGUAGAGCUUAAAUUCCUUCGUGGCCAAGGUUAUGACGGUGCUGCGUCAAUGUCGGGAAUCUAUAACUGCGUUCAAUCUCACAUAAGACAAAUAUAUMCUUCUGCGAUGUAUGUUCAUUGCUCUGCGCAUAUUUUAAAYCUUGUUGUCUCCAAAUCAUGUGGUGUGCGACCAAUCAUGAAUUGUUUAAGCUUAAUUGGCGAAGUUCGAGAUUUCUUCAUACAUCCCAAACGAAAAAAUGUUUUAUCACAAAAAAUGUUAGAUUCUUYCAAUGACACAACAAAAAAAACACUUAAACGUAGUUGUGCAACGAGAUGGAUUGAACGUUACCACGCAGUGCAUGAUUUUUUAGAACUUUUUGAAUUUAUUGUAGAGUCUUUCAGUGAAAUAUCAGAAUGGAACGAUAAUGAUACAUGUGGAAAAGCACUACGCUUACAAAAAUCAAUCUUAGAUGGAGAAUUCAUUAUUUCAUUAUUAAUAUUAUCAAAAGGUUUUGGAUUUGGUUUACCCCUAUCUAAAYAUUUKCAAAAA